UCCCAUCCCUCCACCACACAUCUAGUGCUCAUUGUGGCAGAAUUGCAGUGCACUGGAUUGUACAGAGCAGGGUAGCAUCCAGGCUGUUGUCUGUGAGGGGUGGGGUCCGGCUACACUGAUACCACCAGACGUAAGCUUACAGAGGGACACAGAGAGGCAAGAAAAGAGAGAGAAAAAAAGAGAGAGAAGAGGGGGGAAGAUUGCACCUGAAGAGGACUAGAAUACGGGAUGAAAGGAGACACCCCAGUGAACAGCACCAUGAGCGUCGGCCAAGCCAGGAAGCUGGUGGAGCAGCUGAAGAUAGAGGCUAGUUUCUGCAGGAUAAAGGUAUCAAAGGCAGCGGCUGACCUGAUGGCGUACUGCGACGCACACUCCUGUGACGACCCCCUGAUCACCCCCGUGCCCACCUCAGAGAACCCCUUCAGGGAGAAGAAAUUCUUCUGCGCUCUGCUUUGAGCCCAAUCAGGGAUUGUUGUGAUUAACAGUACAACUGUACAGUAUGUACAUGUAUGUACAGUGUGUACAUGUACUUCUGAUCUAAAUAAGACAUCAAUGUACUAUAGUAACCUUGCAUAGAAGCUGCCGAUGUACAGUACACAAUCAACUACAAAAACGUCUCUAACUAAAUUCUUUAACUGCUAACGUCAAUGUUAAGAGGGGAAGAACAAAAAUGACUUGAAGCAAAACCCAAACAUUCAAUCAAUAAAGAGUCAGAGAUACACCAUGAUCAAAAACAAAAGAAAUUUAAGAAACAGCUAUCACGUGGUUGAAAACACAGACAUUUCAUGCUCACAUAUGUUACAGGUAGCUGCCAAAGAGGAAACAGUCUGAGCAUCAAGUGUCUUACAAGGCUCCGACAGUCACAGGGACAGACUCGUGGAUUCUGCAGCAUUUGGCACUUUUAACUGGAAGGCCGAGGCCCCGUCUACACGUAUACAGAUAUUUUUGAACUGAUAUUUUCCUCUAUGUUUUGUCCUCUGUCUAUACACAGACAGAGAUUUGGGUUGGGGAUUUUUAAGAACGCCUUCCAAGGUGCUGAUUUUAUCCAUGUGGACGUGUAAAUCAGAGCAUUUGGAAAACCUCAUCUCCUAAAUUGCUGCCUGCCGCUUUGCUUACAUUUUGUUAGCACUGCUUGGUCUAAUGACUACUUAACAUUUAAACUUAGUACUAUUGCACCACUUCAAGGAUGAACAAAGGCGUCUGCUGCACCCAGUGUUACUUGCGCCACCUAAGUAUCCGCAGGUUUAAGUAUGCCAGAAAUGAUGGUUCUGGAUCAGGCCCGGUUGAACCAGCAGGCAGUGGGACAAUUUUGAGAUUUGGUUUUUUGUUGAUAAGGACUAUAAAAAGAAGAAAUACUUUCGCACGUUCAGAGCAUCACUCAAAUCUUUGACUCCUCUUCGUCAAAAAUCUGUUACCGUUUCAUGACUGUUCGUCAGCCGUUAAUCAUGUUAGCCUGUCUGUUAGCAUUGCGGGUGACUUGGUUAGGCAGCCGUUUGUCAUGUCGAUGACUGUUCUCGGGCUGUUGGCAACGUCGGCGAUGCUGUUAGUUGACCCUUAGCAAUAUUUGUUGUUUUUUACCGAAGUUUUCUUGUUUUGCUCCAAGAAGACUGUGUCCAAAGGAUUUACUCUACAAACUGAAAUCAAAGGGAAUCAAAAGUGAUAUAAUCUCCAGGAGGUGACCUCGCGUGGCCACGCCUAUCUACAUAGUGCUAUGUCAGCGCUCGAGUAAGGUCUGGAAUCAACGCCUAUCUUUCUGCUACUGGGGAAAAAACGCUCUACUUUGUUUUUGUUUCUUUAAACCAAUCACAAUCGUGUCGGGUGGCACAUUGCCCAGGAUGCAGUGAUGGUGCUUUUGCAAAAUAGUGUUCUGGUUCUGAUAGAACAUUUGAAAUUAAAAUGACUCCGCAAAAGAAAACGCCACAUUUACAGUCAUACGUCGACUUUGUGAUUCAACUUACAGUGGUAAAAAAACAAGGGCUCUGGAGGAACUCACUGGACCCGUUAAAACCACAAUUUCUUGGCUGUAUGUGGCUCUAGCAAAGUCAAUUUCAGAGUUUAAAAAUGCGGUAAGUCAACUCUGACCGGAUGUUUCACAAAGCAGAUAAACGUCGGCCAUGAGUCCUGCGAGACGGAGUCAGAGCAUUUCCAAGGUGCAUUCACAAGUUAUUUCAUUCAUUGUUGAUCGUGAUAACAAUUCACCAAAACGACAAAGCAGGCGCGUCUUUUUGCACGAUUCCAACUCUUUAUCAAAACUUGCCUUUUUCAGUGGAAAGUGUGGUUGUUUUUUUAUGGCAAAGGAGAUUUGGAAAUGGUAACAAGGAAGGGAGACUGCCGGUUGAUAUCAGUGGCCUAAUGGCAGGUUUUCAGCCACAGUCUAAAUCCGGUGAGUCAGACUAUGAAAAAGGUGAUGUUAGCUUGUACACUUUACUACCUUUGUGACAAGGGGAGACGGGUGAAGACAGCUAAGGCCAGCUAGCAUUUGGAGUCGUCAUUUUUACGUUCUAGUUUGGAUGAAGGUAUUUUCUAAAAUGGAGGUUGUGUGGACAGAUUUUUUUUUUUAAUAUCCGUAAACGUGUAGACAGGGCCUAAAAUCCCACAUUAGGUCUUUGGAUUGUGGUGGUGCUACAAGUCUCAGAUGCUGCUCUGAUAGGUCAGGGCUGUCAGUUCUCCCCCAUAGAAACUGUCCACACAUAUUUGAGAUCUGGCGACUGAGAAAAAGAAAAACCUAUGUUAGGUAAUUAAGUACGACAUUUCCCAUGUGGUGACUACUUGUAGAUGGAGGUCAGAACACCCUACUUCAGCUUAGACAUGCUUUACAUGCGUCUUCAUUCAGAGUGUUUUCUCCCAUCUAGAUAUCACACACAUUUUGUAUUCCUCGUUCACUUAGGUGUUUCCUGUUUUGGCAGUUACUUGUAUCUACCAAUGACAACAGCUGUUUAUGAGUGGCGUAGAAUCAUGUAAUCUGUUUAUUUCAAGGUUUUAUUGAGAUUUAAGCUCAUUUCUAUACUGUUGCUGUAGUGUGGAUGUGGAAGUGUGUGUGUAUGCAUAGGUGCUAACUGUGAAACUUAAGCAACAAUCCUGAGCAUCUGAUCACUGUCGAAUCAAGAUUUUAUAGUUCAAUAGCACACAGACCCAAAAAAAGAAAGAAAAAAAAACAUUAAAAGGGGUUAUGAACAUUUAAUAUAUAUAAUCUAAGCCAUUAAAGCUAAAUCAGCUAUUCGAUUAUUAUGACAUGAAUAAUUUUAUAUUUCUUUGAGGCAAAAAAUAAACAGCAGUUAUAAUGUACUUUUAAAGACAGGUGAACAUCGUCAUUUUAACCAAUCAGGUCUGAGAGGUUCUCCAGAGCAGAACGUCUCCACUCAUUCAUGUGAAUUGAGGACUGAUGUGAACGACUUGGGGAUUUUAAUUACAAGGUGUCACUUUUUCUGUGGAUAUUUCUCCAUCUACAGUACAGGUAAUGGUUUGUUUCUGUUAAAUCAUACCCACACAAACAUAAUAAAAUGGCUAUCAUCUGGAGUUCCCUCCAACAUGGUCCAAUCUCGUGAGCUCCGUGGCAUCUUCGACAUGAUAAAACUUUUGGAAGACCCCGCUCUGGACCAUUUCAAAUAUAAACCCAUGUAUUUUCAGUACCUUGCAAAUAUCAAAUUUGGAGCUUUGGCGAAAAGAGUAACCAUGGAAUAUCAAGUAUUGAAAUAAAACCUCCUGUUAUCAAA